UCUUCUUCUUCUUCUUCUUCUUCUUCUUCUUCUUCUUCUUCUUCUUCUUCCUCUUUUUUUUCUUUCUCUCUCCAUUAAUCAUAAAAACUUGAAGUUUAAUUUCUCCACCAAAAUCUUUACUCUACUUAUGGCAACCGUUAGCAUUUCUACUCUUUCUUCUCUCUUCCAAACUCGGCAUAACCAUUAAAGCUCGAAACUUCGCGUUUUUUUUCAAAAAUAAAACAAAACCCUUUAUUAAAAAAUUUGAUUUCAAUAUUAUUCUAAGGUUUUUUUGAUAGGUAAUCUCCCCAAAAAAAUGGGGGCAAAAAAAAAUUAGGUACAAUUCCAAAAAAAAAAAAAAAAAAAGAAAAGAAAAAAGUUGGGUACUUUUUUUUAUAUAUAUAUAUAUAAAAAAUGGCUGCUAAUCAUCAUCAAUUAAUGGAGGAGAAAUCAUCUUCAUCAACAAGCUUUUGUUAUUCAGAUGUUCAUAAUUUAGGAGUUACUCAUCUUCAAAAUUUUGAAUCAAACCCUGAAAUUUACAACUUAACUAGUGGUAUAGAAAUGAUAGGGUUUCAACCUAAACCUCAGAGUUUAAUAUCCGGAGUUGCACAACAAGAAGAACAACGGCAACGUCAUCAGCAACAAGAGAUGGGGUUUAUUGAUGAUUCAUCUUUAAGGCCUUGUGUUUUCCCUUGUGAAGGUAAUGAGAGGCCGAGUCAAGGGCUUUCGCUUUCGCUCUCGUCUUCUAAUCCAUCCACUAUUAGCCUUCAAUCCUUUGAGCUUAGACAUAAUCUUCCUCAUCAUGGUCAAAGAUUUGAUCUUUCUUCCCCGUCUUCGAAUACUCGAGACGGGUUUUUGGGAAAGUCUCAAUCUUUUCAUCAUCUUCAACAAGAACAAGAUGAACAACACCAACAACAACAACAAGGUUUUUUUGGGAAAAGUGUUGUUGUGGAUGGUAGUAGUACUAGUGGUGGUGGUGGUGGUAGUAUGAGUAUACAAUUUGAAAUGAUGAGGAAUUCUAAGUAUAUGGGGCCCACUCAGGAGCUUUUGAGUGAGUUCUGUAAUCUUGGAACAAAGGAUUAUGAUGAUGAUUUACAAAGGAAAUUGUCUAAGAAGAAGAAUAAAGAGCAAUUGGAUUUCGAAGGCGGGGGUAACGACAACAAUGAUGAUCGUAGUCAUAACCCCAAUAAUAACAAUAAUAAUAACAACAAUAAUAAUGCGAGUAGUAGUUCCAAUGUUAAUCCAUCAUUGUAUGGUGUUAGUCUAUUGGAAUUGCAGAAGAGGAAGACAAAGUUGCUUACCAUGUUGGAAAAGUUGGACAGAGGAUACAAGAACUACUGUGAACAAAUGAAAGGAGUAGUGUCUUCCUUUGAGGCAGUGGCCGGACCGGGCGCGGCGGAUACAUACUCUGCCUUAGCCUCCAGGGCAAUGUCAAGGCAUUUCAGGUGUUUAAGAGAUACAAUUGUAGCUCAAAUCAAGGAAACCAAGAAAGCAAUGGGAGAAAAAGAUAAUGCAAGUAAUGCAACAGUUCUAGGAACAACAAGAGGUGAAACUCCAAGACUUAGGCUUUUAGACCAAAAUUUGAGGCAACAAAGAGCUUAUCAACAAAUGACCUUGAUGGAGGCUCAUCCCUGGAGACCUCAAAGAGGCUUGCCUGAACGUUCCGUUUCGAUCCUUCGUGCUUGGCUCUUCGAGCACUACCUUCACCCGUACCCAAGCGACGUCGAUAAGCACAUCUUAGCACGUCAAACCGGUCUUACAAGAAGCCAGGUGUCUAAUUGGUUUAUUAAUGCGAGAGUGAGGCUAUGGAAGCCAAUGGUGGAGCAAAUGUACCUAGAGGAGACCAAAGAGGAGCAAGACAAGAACAUGGGCUCCUCCUCCGAUGGUGGUACCGAGCAUCAACUGUCUACUACGGAUCAUCUCGGUGGCCUUAUUCACCACCAACAACCACCACAAGAACAAAAACCGGACCCUGAUCAACUCAUUCGGAUUGAUCCGGACUCACUCUCCUCCAUUGUCAACAACACCACCACCACCACGGCCACCUCGAGUAGGGUUGACACUCAAAACAGGAUGAGUCAUUUACAUUUUCAACAAAAUGGUCAAUUUAUUGGUAGGGUUGAGGGUUUUGGUUCAGUGGAUCAUUUGGAUUUUCCAUCCUCCUCAUCAUACAACCAACAGCACCAUGCAGCAAAUUAUGGGACUACUGCUCAAAAUGACAAUAGUACCCCUCACCAAGGCUUUGGUGGUGGCAAAAAUGUGUCAUUGACACUAGGGUUGCAACAACAUGGUGGUAAUGGGGUGAGCUUAGCGUUUUCGCCCGCGUCUCAGGCAGCAGCUUCCCUCUUCUAUCCUAGAGAGCAAAUGGAUGAUAAUCAUCAGUACACUCUCUUGGAUGAAAAUCAAGGGCAGAACAAUUUGCCUUACAGGAACUUGAUGGGUGCACAAGUACUCCAUGAUUUCGCCUAAUCACCCGUAGCUGAUUAUGUUAUAUUAUGAGAGAUUAUCAUCAUCCAAAUGAAUUGAAAUUCUUGGAAGCUCGGAUCAUCAAAUAUAUGGGGUAAUUCAUAUUUUGAGGUUUAAUUUCUUAGUUUGUAAGGAAUCUUAUACUAAGUAGGUAUUAGGUUAGGUAUUAAGCUAGAUGGGCUCAAUUUAAACUAGUGAUUCUAUAUUAAAUAUCUAUAAUACUCCAUGAUAUAUUGAUACA